CCAUGCAUGCGAUGAAGUAGAGGAGGUGGUGGAGCACAUUUAUAACUUGGAGGUCCUCUGAGCCUCAUCAUCAUAGCGCAGUGCAGUGCAGAGACGGAGCUGAGCAGCGCCGGUAUGAAAUGGUAUUGAAGACCUGCCUGCGCUAGCAGCUAGCUGCUUGGUAGGUGGUCAAAAUCAAUGGAAUGCCCUCACUCCUCGAUCACUCCUCAGAGAGAAUACAUUACAUGAUGCUGCAUCACACGGCGGACACCAAGAAGAGGAGGAGGAGGAGGAGGAAGGAGCCACACUGUUCCUCCUCCUCCUGCUCGUCGUCGUCGUCGUCGUGGAGAUCUGCUGCUGCUGCUGCUGCUGCUCAAUCUCAAUCUCAAUCUCAAUCUCAAUCUCAAUGCUGCUGCUCUCCCGGUCCCGGUCCCGGCCCCCUCUUGGCAACAUCGUCAUUGUCCUAUUGUUGCCCCGGCGCCUCCUCUGCUUCUCGGCCGGCACCUGCAGUCCACCUAAACACUUUGCUCGUUGCACUCGCGCUCCUCCUCCUCCUCGCCUCCAGCAGCUGCAACGACCUCGACAGGAUUGGGGUCGCGGCGGCCGCGGUGCCGCCCCGGAAGAUGGCGAGGAUCCAGAGGCAUCUCGGCAGGAUCAACAGGCCCGCCGCGCGCUCCAUACAGAGCGCGGAUGGCGACAUCAUCGACUGCGUGGCGCCGCACAAGCAGCACGCUCUGGACCACCCGCUCCUCAAGACCCACACCAUCCAGGCAGAGCCGCCGCAGGUGCCCAGAGGUGGACGCCAAGCCUCCUACUUGACAGCUGCUGCUGCAACGGCGACGAAGACGAACGGGAGCAGCAGCAGCAGUAGAGGCAGGAAGGCGUGGCAGACGUGGCACCACGGGGGCCACUGCCCCCGGGGCACGGUGGCCUUCCGGAGGACCAGCACCGAGGACGUGCUGCGCGCCAGGUCCAUCUCCCUCUUCGGCCGCAAGAAGAAGAAGAAGCACGUCGACGGCGCCCGCGCCGCCAACGCGCCGGACGUCAUAACCGGCAACGGGCACGAGCACGCGAUCGCGUACACGGCGGCGGCCGGUGAGGUGUACGGCGCCAAGGCAACCAUCAACGUAUGGGAGCCGGCCAUCCAGGAGUCCAACGGCUUCAGCCUCUCCCAGCUGUGGAUCCUCUCCGGCUCCUUCAACGGCUCCGACCUCAACAGCAUCGAGGCAGGAUGGCAGGUCAGCCCUGCGCUGUACGGGGACAGCAGGCCGAGGCUCUUCACAUACUGGACUAGCGACGCUUACGAGGCUACUGGCUGCUACAACGCGCUGUGCCCGGGCUUCGUGCAGACCAGCUCCCGCAUCGCCAUCGGCGCCUCCAUCUCGCCGGUGUCCUCGCCCGGCGGGCCGCAGUACGACAUGACGCUCCUCAUCUGGAAGGACCCCAAGCUGGGCAACUGGUGGCUCAGCUACGGCGGCCAGCUCGUGGGCUACUGGCCCGCCGAGCUCUUCACGCACCUCUCCGACCACGCCACCAUGGUGGAGUGGGGCGGCGAGGUCGUCAACACCAGGCCCGACGGGGUGCACACCGCCACGCAGAUGGGCUCGGGGCGCUUCGCCGCCGAGGGCUUCGGCCGGGCCAGCUACUUCCGUAACCUGGAGACGGUGGACGCCGACAACAGCCUGGCGGAGGCGCCCUUCGACGCCAUCCAGACGCUGGCCGAGGACGCCGCAUGCUACGACAUACGCAAGGCCUACGACGACGACGACGACGAUCACCACUACCCCGGCGGAGGAGCUGGGUCUGGGUCUGGGUGGGGCACGCACUUCUACUACGGCGGCCCAGGACACAACCCGGCAUGCCCGUGAUGUCUUCUUGUCUUCUUCAUCCAUCGAUAUGAUCCAGUGGCCGGAAUCGAAGCAAACAUUAAUUCUAUUUUGCAGCUGAGCGAGCGUGCUUGCUACUGAUUUGAUUUGUUAAGCUUGCUUCAAACUAGUAAUUAAUAUAAAGACUUGUAAUUAUCUUUAAUUUUGUCGAUCGAUCGUCCACGGAUGUUGAAUUCUGAAUAUUAAUUUGUAGGUCAUAACUUGUGGUUUUCUUCUUAUAUUUUCGCACAAAAUAUUGUAUGGAUGUGUUUCGCGGAUUCGAAACUUGCAUUCGAAUUGCAUA